GAGUUUGAAGCCAGCCUAGGCUUCCAGGAGAUCCAGUCUCAAAAGCAAGACAGCUGUAAUGGAGGUACACGUGGGCCUGGAGUCCUAGCUUUCAGGAGGCUGAUUCAAGGCCUGACUGGAUAGACAGCAAGACCUUUGACAGUCCUGUGUCAAAAUGUCCAAAAUCCAUUGGGAGCUGGGAGUAUAGUGGAGUUGAGCACAGCAGUACCCAUGACUUGAGUUCAAUCCAAGCACUAAGACCCUCAAAAAGAACCCAUAGCCUGAGCCUGGAACUGUUAGUCACCUACCUCCAAUUCUAUCGUGGUUUUUAUGUUCGCUCACACCCUGGGAACUUUUUUUUUACUUUUUGCAAAUCAUCUUGCUCAACUCUUAUCAGACUUGCUAAGGAGAACAUCUUGCUUCCUUUCUUUCUGUCCAUACCCACCUCUCACCAUGAUGAUGAGGGCCAUGAGGAAGUGGGGAGCAACACCAGGUGCAAGCGACAACCAGCAGAGCCAUGGACAAGGAAUAUGUGGGCUUUGCUGCCCUGCCCAACCAGCUGCAUCGCAAGUCUGUCAAGAAGGGGUUUGACUUCACACUCAUGGUGGCAGGGGAGUCAGGCCUGGGGAAAUCCACCCUCAUCAACAGCUUGUUCCUCACCAACCUCUACGAGGAUCGGCAGGUGCCAGAUGCCAGUGGUAAAUCUACCCCGAGUCUCCACAGGCUUCCCAUCCCCACUGCUGUCCUGGCUUCCCUCUGUGCUGUCCCUGGCCUCUUCCUGUGUUAUCAGGCUGCAUUCUUUUUCUUUCUAUCUGGGGACUUUGGUGGCCUCUGGUUUUCUCUGAGAUGGUUUCCUCCCCUGAAAACACAUGUGGGAAUGGAGCCCUGCUUCAGAGCCCUACGCAGCCAAUUCUCUGUCCCCAUAGCUCGCACGGCACAAACUCUGACCAUUGAGCGCCGGGGUGUGGAGAUUGAGGAGGGAGGUAUCAAGGUGAAGUUGACCUUGGUGGACACGCCUGGCUUUGGGGACUCUGUGGACUGCUCAGACUGCUGGCUGCCUGUGGUUCGCUUCAUUGAGGAGCAGUUUGAGCAAUACCUCAGGGAUGAGAGUGGCUUGAACAGGAAGAACAUCCAGGAUUCCAGAGUCCAUUGCUGCCUCUACUUCAUCUCACCCUUUGGCCGAGGGCUCCGGCCCCUAGAUGUGGCUUUCCUCCGGGCAGUGCACGAGAAAGUCAAUAUCAUCCCGGUCAUCGGUAAAGCAGACGCCCUGAUGCCUAGGGAGACUCAGGCCCUCAAGCAGAAGAUCCGGGACCAGUUGAAAGAGGAGGAGAUCAACAUCUAUCAGUUCCCAGAGUGUGACUCUGAUGAGGACGAAGAAUUCAAGAAGCAGAAUGAAGAAAUGAAGGAAAACAUCCCUUUCGCAGUCGUUGGGUCUUGUGAAGUGGUGAGGGAUGGAACCCGACCAGUGAGGGGAAGACGCUACUCCUGGGGUACCGUGGAGGUGGAGAACCCACAUCACUGCGAUUUCCUGAACCUGAGGCGGAUGUUGGUGCAGACCCACCUUCAGGACUUGAAAGAGGUGACCCACGAUCUGCUCUACGAGGGCUACCGGGCUCGCUGCCUACAGAGUCUGGCUCGACCUGGGGCCCGGGAUCGAGCCAGCCGCAGCAAGCUUUCCCGGCAAAGUGCCACAGAGAUCCCGCUGCCCAUGUUGCCUCUGGCUGACACUGAAAAGUUGAUUCGCGAGAAGGACGAAGAGCUGCGCCGCAUGCAAGAAAUGCUGGAGAAGAUGCAAGCCCAGAUGCAGCAGAGCCAGGCUCAGGGCGAGCAAUCAGAUGUGCUGUGAUAUUCCCCAAUACCGCCUGUCCUCGCCUCUGCUCACCGCUAAUCGGCUAUCCCAUCCCCGCGCUGGACAGCCCAGCGCCCAAUCCGGGGAUCCAGAGGGUAGGCCUGCCCUUGCACUUAAACCAGAUCCCUCCAAUCCGGAAGUUUAAGGCCCAUCCGACUUCGUCUUCCGCGCGGCUCUAAGAGGACCGCACUCCAAGAAAAGCCUCCCCACCACUCCUCCCCCCCCCCCCCCACCGCUCUUCCCGCGUUCCAAUUGGGUUUUCCUAUUCCUCCAAGUUCUCCAUCUAAUAAAAACUGCUUCCCGCCUUCCCCCAGCUGCCGGAGUCUUCUUCCCAGCAGGAAUGGAGCUGCCCGCUGGGGGCCUCCUGGCCACUAGUCAUUCCACUGUUAGCCACUCCUGUCUGUCUGGGCCGUUGUUUCAGCCUCCCACCUGAGUUUGCGCAUGAACACACUGAAAUUGCCACCAAUAAGAAACAAAGACCAGUUGAGUUUUAUUGAGGGCCAGGGUGAGAGAUGGAGCGGCUACAAGCCUAUCUAGGUCUUCUGAGACCUUGGGUCCCCUAUUCCUGGUCCUUAGCAUCACCAUGUGUGAUGACGUAGCAGAUGUUCUUGUAGUCCACGUUGCCGCCCACGUCUGGGGGGAAGGCUGCCCACAUGUUCUUGAUCUGUAGGAAGACAGGAGUAGCUCUAGGACCGGUUCCCCCACUGCUUCCCUCUCUCCCACUUCCCUCCACUCGGAGUCCUCUUCCUUCCCGGGCUCUCCCCAACUCACCUCCUCCUGGGAAAAUCGGUCGCACUGCGUGGUAAGCAGCUCCUCCAAGCUGAGAAGGACAUUCGGGGAGGUGAGAUUGGAUUCAUGAGUACGGUCCCCUCUCAUUUCAUUCCUGUUCCCACCAACCGUUCCUGAAACAUGUCUGGCGCAUCUCCCAAGUACUGUCUAGAAUUUCUUCCCUUAGUUAUUAUAAAAAUGUCACCCAGUCCUUACUGCUCAUGCAUUCUGUCAACCUGUCACCCCUAAGCAGGGAUUUUUGGAAAAGACAGUAGAGCCACUAGAGGGAGCCACUCACAACUGCUUUUUGAUGGUGCCCUUCCCUUCUGGGUCCAGGACCUUGAAGGCUCCAGUGAUCACAUCCUCCGGGUCCGCACCUGCAGGGACAGAGGACACGAGUCUAGCGCGUCCCCAAAGGUCUGGAAAGAGCAACCAGGGUCUUGGGUGGAGAACCUUUUACUCACCCUUAAGCUUUUCCCCAAACAUGGUCAGGAAGACAGUGAAGUUGAUGGGCCCACUGGCUUCCUUCAUCAUAGCGUCGAGUUCCUCAUUCUUCACAUUGAGACGGCCUGAAUGGGGUGAGCGUUAGGGGUUGGAGUUGGGUGUUGGGGACCAGAGGUGUGCUUCUCAUAAGCUUAUAUUAGCUCAUUCAUUUUUUUCAUCUGGGCAGAUUAAGGCCUGAAGCCACUGGAUUCCCCUCCAACUCCAUAGCUUUCAACAUUUAUAGAUAGGAGUAGGGGCCUCACCCAUGGCUGCAAAGGUGUCCCGAAGAUCCUCUUUGUCGAUAAUGCCAUCCCUGUUCUGAUCAAUUACAGUGAACGCCUGUGGAGGGGUAGGGGUGAGGACAGAUGAAACCAGGAAUUGGCCCAAGGCAGAUCAGAUUCUGGCCCUGAGCCAGCUGUCCCCCUCCACCCUUUGAAGGGAGGGGAAGGAUUCUCCUCCUCCCUCAACAGGUGCACUUUCUGGGAAGGAGGGGUAGGGAGGAGGGUGGGGAGGAGGGUUGGGGAGGCUUUCCUUAGCCUCCCACUCUCACCUCCUUGAACUCCUGGAUCUGAGUCUGGUCAAACAUGGAGAAGACGUUGGAGCUCCCUUCCGCUCCUGCCCUUCUCUUGGCCUUCUUGGGUGCCUGUGAGGGUAAAGGUUGAACAGGGGAGUUACAGGCCAGUUCCUGUACCUCUCUCCUGGGAGCAGCAAACCAGACUUUUGUUUCUGUUAAGGACAGGGUCUCAUGGAGCCCUCAGACUUGCUACUUAACAGAGGAUGACCUUGGCCUGCUCA